CUCACGGUCCAUGAUAGCAAGGGCCACAGCCUCAUUCUGAACGCAACCAACCACGUGCUCGAUGCGCCCCGCGUCGUGCAAGCUGUCGACGACGCCAAGACGACGCAGUCCCUCCGCCAACACGAUGCCACGCGGCUCGUGCGCGUGGCAGCGACCGACGCACGUGCGGCGACCGCCGGUGUACCGUCGGCAGUCGCUAGUGCCGUCGCCCGCUUUGACGCUACGUACACGAUCCAGGCUUCGGCGCAGAGUCUUCUCGUGCGUGAUCAUGACGCCAAGACGCUGUAUUUGAAGAACAUGGCAUCGCCGUCGGUACUGCACCAGAUUCCCUAUGACGCUGAAGUGAUGGACCGCGCGACGCUGCAGCUGUCCGAGGAUGGCGCCCUCCUGACAAGCAACUCGUGGACCAACGUGAUUCUGGGGUGGGUGUUUUUGCUGGUAUGCAUUGCGCUCUCGAUCGCGUCGGCCCAAGCCUUCAUGCGCCGCCAAGGCUACCACCACCUCCAGUUGAUCCACAAGUAG